AUGAGCAUUUGCUUUGGUGCAGAUCAUUCCCCUGAGGCCGUAGGGAAAUGGGCGAAGAAGUGCGGCAUAUUUCUUCAUCCGGAUGUCGCUUUUCUUGUUCCCACAAAGACAAUGGGGUUUGGCGUAUUUGCACGUAAACCGUUGAAAGCGGGCUCUGUCAUUGUCAGUUGCCCAUUUGCAAGGUGCAUCUCUCCCUAUGCGGAGAAGAAUAGCGUUGAAUCACCGUGCGUGAAGGCUCUUGCGGAAAUGCACAUCACAGACAAUGUGCUCUUUGUUGUCUUGCGACUUAUGGCCGAAGCCGUGCGUCCCUUGUCGCCGUGGAUGCCGUGGCUGAGUGCCUGCCCACGCAUGCCGAAUCAUUUCUUUGAUGUUGCAGCAGUUGGGCCUGUGUUUGGUCUGGCACCGAGCGCUGAUACUGGGAAGGCACCGACGGCAGGUGUACCCUUGACAUGGACAGGAGUUUCACAGCAACUGCAUGAUCUGAAUUUGGAGGGACGGUGGAGCGCGGCACAAGAGGUGAUACGGCGUCAUCCGGAACACUGGCCGGAGGAAAAAGCGACGUUUGAACUUUUUUGUGAGUGCUUGGCACAAGUGCUCUCACGCAACUUUUACCGCGAGGAGAUUGAAGGGCGUGAGGGGCCUUACCUUAUUCCUUGUCUGGACAUCAUUAAUCAUUCUUUUACGGCAAAUGGAAAGUUUGAGGUGCGGGGAGGUGGUCGCAAGCAUCCUAUGGAAUUUUGUGUUGUUGCGGCGCGUGAAAUAUGCCGUGGGGAACAGGUGUUUUGCUCUUAUGGGCGAAUUGGCGCGUCAAGGUUUGUGGUGGAGUUUCAAUUUGUCACGGACUCCAUUGUAAAGGAAGACAUGCUGCGUUUUUCUGUGGAUGUUAUUGCGGAAAUGACUUUGGCUCUCAUCUCGCUUGAAUCGGAAUCACUUUCUUCUGCGGUGGACUUGGCAAAUAUCCAGCGACGCAUAGAGUGGCUGCAACGUCUUGGAAUUCUAUUCGAUGAGGGAUUUUACGUCUCGCGGUUACCCUCGGCUGCUGCCGGGGGCGGUGAUUUGCCUGCUUCGACCGCAAAGGAAAUCCAAACAUUAUUUAACGUCUUUUACCUCUUGACUGUGGGGGCAUCGACUUUUGAAAACUUAACCCGCUCGAUCAACCGCGAGUGGCAGGUGGAGCGGAAAGGGGAGGUGGUGGCGCUGGUGCUGAGGCUGCUUGCAAUGCGAGCGGAGGGUGCACGUGCACAGUUGGCCGCUGCGGAGGUGCACUUUGCAGAGGCACAGCACCAUGCACGCAGAAAGAUGCUGCAAAUGUCGUUGAACUCCGAAUUGGAGAUGAUUCAACUCCUGCAGAAGCACCUGGGCGAGCCUUGCUAA